AUCCGACACUCAAAGGAACCUUCUUUUUGGUUCCGGCCUGACAUUAGCAAACAUGGCGGCAGAGGGAGAUGUCGAUUUGGACCUGGAAGCCGAGGAUAACUGCACGGGAAAACCGGCAGAAAAGCCUCGCAAACAUGACAGCGGUGCCGCUGACUUGGAGAGAGUCACGGACUACGCAGAGGAGAAGGAAAUCUCCAGCUCUGAUUUAGAAACGGCCAUGUCAGUGAUUGGAGACAGAAGGUCACGAGAACAGAAAGCCAAACAAGAGAGAGAAAAAGAGUUGGCCAAAGUGACCAUCAAGAAAGAGGAUGUGGAACUAAUUAUGUCAGAGAUGGAGAUUUCGCGGUCCGUGGCAGAGCGCAGUCUAAGAGAACACAUGGGGAACGUGGUGGAGGCGCUGGUGGUUCUGACCAACUGAACAAACAGCUUUCACACACUGGACAACUUGACUGUGGUUACUUUUUCUUAUUUUAACCAGAGCUCAUCAAGACCACAAAGCUGGAUUGAACUCUGUGGUUAAAGUGGUGUGAUAACCUUUCUCCAAAUCCUUUUUUCUUUUUUAAAAUAAAAGUUAACCUGAG